CCAUAUAGAGCAAAAAUUUGUCCGAAAUUGAAAAGCUUGUGUGUCACUCAAUUACCAUUACGCCUAUAUAUUCUUCUUCUUCUCUCCUUGCCUCUUCCACUUAACCCUCCCAACUUUGAAGAAGAAAAGAAGGAGAAGUGCCAUGAUGGACAGAGCAACCAUUCUGUUUGCCGCUUUCGUCUGCAUCGUGGCCGCCGCCGGAGUCGCUGCUCAACAACAACAACAAUCUCCCCCAACUCCUCCAACUCCCACCACCACCACCCCUUCUCCACCGACCUCUACCCCGGCUCCUCCCACUCCUCCAUCUUCUCCUCACCAUUCUCUCCACCUCCAGCCACACCACCGCCGGCAGUACCACCACCCGCCGUCCCUCCUCCCGCGCUCACGCCAACCCCUCUGUCAUCUCCUCCGGCAACUUCUCCUGCUCCCCUGAAGAGUACGGCACCUGCACUAUCGCCGGUCCCUGCUCUCUCACCGGCUGCUGGAGCUCCCGGUCCCAGCUUGGCAUCUCUCGCGCCGGUUAGCGAUAGUAGUGGAGUAGAGAAAUUGUGGUCAUCCAAAAAGAUGGUUGGGAGCUUUGGAUUGGGAUCGGCUCUUUUAUCAUUACUGCUGUAGAGAUCUUCUAAUUGUUACCGUCAUUUUGCCAUUUGCCUCUCUAUAUAUACCAUUUUCUAGCUAUCAUAUUAUACAUAUAUGGGGAGUUUAUAUCACUGAUCACUAUAUAUUAUUCAUUUCAUUAUUCGCUUGCAUUCUUUUGAGGGGUUUUGGGAGUUAUUUUCUAUGUCACCAUGAUAUGUCUAUUAUCAUUUCACUUUAUUAUUAAAUUUUCCUAUUCA